AUGUAUGACAACGAUACCAGCUCCAAUGUCAGCUUCGAGGAUAUCGGCCGGAGGCGCCGCGUCAUCGACCGUGAGGACUCUGUCGAUGAGCAUGGGCUGGUAGACAAGAGAGUUGUUGAUAGGCUGAAGGCCAUUGUAGCCAAGUCUACGGCUGAAGGCACCAAAGAGAUUGCGGACGGCGAAGUCCCAGACGUUGUCUAUUCCCUGACAUAUCAGGGGAUUUUCGACAGGGAACCAAAAGAGCUGCAUCGCAGCACCGAGCCCAUCAACAUUCAAGAAUUCAACGAUGAAUACCACCAUAACGCUGGCCGUAGCACCCAAAAGCCUGUCCUGGAGAUUAUCACCAGGGUGCGUGCAGCACCGGCAAAUCAGCGGGGGGCCAGGAUCAACCCCGGUCCUCCUCCCAUGUAUAGCGACGAUUCCGAUGAUGAUGUCGUUGACAUCAUUCACGAACCGCCCAGGAGAGGCAAUCACGAUGGGAUGAACGUAACCGAUGUUGAGGAGACGGUCAUGGUGAUCAACUCGGUGUAUCUGAUCAACGCGUUACGUGCUGUUGUCGAUUACUACCCGGACUGUAACUUCAUGGGCAACACUCUCAAGGUUAACGCACCAUACCAUGUCCUUGUCCAUCAUCGGCAGCAACUUGCUCAUUACAAGACCCACCAACCCGAAGCCCAUGAUGAGGACCUUGCCGCCAUCACUGCUAAGCACAUAGAUGUCCUCCUAGGUUUCCUAGAAAAGACCCACGGCGAGGAGCUCCGAGAGGAGGAGAACCGCCACCUCAACAGUAAACCUACGACCAUCUUCAAGAACCUCUGGAUGUUGUUCAAACCAGGGGAUGUGGUUUGUGCCAAGAAAGGCGGCAAGUGGAGAGAGUUUGUCGUAUGCAGGUGCGAUGACAACUCACCAUGGUUCAGAGGCGAUGAGGCGCCGUAUACGUACAAGUUGGAAGCAUGGAACAUUGUCUACGCUCAUGGAAAGCUGCGUCGAUUCAUGCACAGCCUUAGCAUUCCUCCUUUCACCGGGGAAGAUGCUAUCAGCAACCUACGAGUCAUUCCUGUCCGUUUCUUCAAGAACGAUGGAUAUGAUACUGCAAAGAGUAUCGAGCUCGGCAAGGCUGCUUGGAACCUGUCCAAGGGACCGGCAUACAUGUCUUACAAUGGAACUCUCGCCGACAAGGGCGCUGAUACCGAUGGGAGCAACCCAACCAGUACUACCGGCUAUAUGAAUGGCCGCGUCAUAGUUGACUGCGACGGUUUUGCGAGGUUUGCAGCCGACGCGCCGGGAGACGACAGACACCGUUACGGACGCGGCCGUCCCCGUAGAUCAGCCCCCCCGAGGGAUCAGCUGCCUUACUUCAAGCAGCGCUGUGGCUGCACUUCGUGCAAGACUGCGGGCGAACAGCGCGAGCUCCAUCAGUUUGCCAAGUUCGAGGACCUCAGCCCGGCCCGCGACCCAGCCCCGGAGAAUGACUUGUACUACCUGGUCUUCAGUAAGACGCUUCCCGGCUUCAUCCUGGGCGAGCGCCGCUGGGCACACUUCAAUGUCGAGUCUCUCAGCGAGAUCAAAUACGACAAGGAGGCCUUCAAGUACCUGGUCCUGGACGAUGAGAUCAAACUCACAGUCAAGGCCCUCAUUGGCAAGUUCUCCAGCGUCAAUGGGCGAGUGACACCAUGGCCGAGUGACUUCGUCAAGAACAAGGGCCAGGGCCGUAUCUUCCUCCUGCAUGGAUCGCCCGGCGUGGGCAAGACGGCGACCUGCGAAAGCAUCGCCGAGCUGGCGCACCGGCCGCUCCUAUCGCUGACCAGCGGCGACCUGAGCACCAACUCGUACACGGUCGAGAAGAACCUCGAGUACUUCCUGCAGCUGGGCGAGCGGUUCGGCGCCAUGGUGCUGCUGGACGAGGCCGACGUGUACCUGGAGGCGCGGCAGGCGAGCGACAUCGCGCGCAACGGGCUGGUGUCCAUCUUCCUGCGGGCGCUGGAGUACUACCGGGGCGUGCUGUUCCUGACGACGAACCGGGUGCGGGCCUUCGACAGCGCCUUCACGUCGCGCAUCCACGUGGCGCUGCACUACCGGCCGCUGACGGACGCGGACCGCGAGCGCGUCUGGCUCAGCGGCUUCGCCCGCCUCGAGCGCGACGCCGGCGGCGCCGUCCGCGUCUCGGCCGCCCUGCGCGACUACGCCUACGGGGCCCCCGACGUGCGCCGCCUGCGCUGGAACGGCCGCGAGAUCCGCAACGCCCUGCAGACCGCCGUCGCCAUGGCCGAGACCGAGGCCCUCGAGGACGGCCUCGACACGGUCACGGUCACGGACAAGCAUCUGCGCGCCGUGGUCAAGAUGAGCCGCGGGUUCAAGGAGUUCCUGGGCCGCCGCCGGCUGAGGCGCAGCAGCAGACGGCGUGAUGAGGAGGAGGAGCAGAUGGAGGAGGAGCAGGAGGAGGACGAGUAUUUCGAAGACGAUGAGCCCCGUUACAGGCCGCAUGUCACGUAUACUAGCGACUGA